AUGCGAGUGAAAAGGUCUUUCACACGCGCCUCCACUGGCGCGUCUCAGUUCUUCGACGCCAAGGGAAAACGGCAGAAGCAAGUCAGCCGCCCAAGCAACUUCCGAAGAGAAAACUCGAAGGAGAUCCCAGUUGAUCUUUUGAUUGAGAUUUUCUCAAGAUUGACUGUUAAAGACCUUGCGAGGUGUCGUUGCCUGUCCAAACUCUGGUCGUCCAUACUGCGUCGUCAAUAUUUCACAGAACUAUUCCUAAAAAUAUCUUCGGCUCAGCCGCGUACGUUACUCACCUUCUUACACAACGGUAUGAGUUCUUCCUAUGACUGUGAGAUUCAUGCCCCUGUAUGUGGGUUUCUUUGUAGCAAAACCAGCAAUCAUGUGAUCUAUAACCCUAGCACAGGAGAGUACAUAACUUUCCCGAGAGUGAGAACAAAGAAGGCUGAGAAACUAUUCAAGGUAUUGUGUUUGCCCACGCCGUACGUGGCGGAGGAUUUUGCCAGUUUAGUUUCAACCUUAGGAAUGGGAAAAGUGUCCUGGAGAAUGGUCGAAUGUUUGAUACCCCAUAGACCUUUGAGUACUGAGACAUGCAUCGACGGAGUUUUGUACUAUUUAGCAAAUUGCAAAGGUAAAUUGGGCGUACUGUGGCCAAAGCACAUUGGACUUGGUGAACAUACAAAAAGUCUUGAGUUGUGGGUUCUGGAAGAUGCGGAUGAACUGAAAUGGUCCAAGAUUGUCUACACAUUGCCAUUUUGUUUGAAGCAUAUAGCUCCCAAUACCUAUCUAGACAUUGUCCGGAUGACUAGUGGAGGUGAAAUUGUGUUAUCAACAUCCAAUCGAAACGAUCCUUUCUACAUCUUCUACUACAGUGUCGUGCUGGACACUUUGAAUGUAGUUGAAAUCCAGUUUGGGAAUAUAGCUGAGAAGGCUAAAUACUCAAAGAUUUAUACAUUUAUAGACUAUGUUGAGAAUGUGGAGCGUCUAGAUUAG